UAUAGUAGUGGCGUGGUUUCACGAACUUUGCCUCAGGGCCCAACUGUUAGAGCAGCGGCCGACACUCGUUUUGGACACGAUGCACGUUGGUUGAAGUUAACUUAACUUGUGUGAUCUGUACAUCUUCACUGCUAAAAAUCGCUUAUAUUAUCGGCGCAUGUAGGAACAACUAUCGUGUGUGUACGUUACUUAUAAAUGUUGUCGUCUUUAACAUCGAUUUUAAUCACUCUUGGAAUGACAACUAACUGUGGAGUUCUAUACUACGCGAGAUGUUGAAUUAUUACAAACAGUUAAUUGUUUACCGAUCAGGUAAAUAAUCUCACGCAUCAUGUACUCCAGCAACAGCUAACUUCAUCCAAUGUAGACAUGUAUGGGCAUGGUAAGCACAUCGUCAUUGUUGAUGUCUAUAACGACACAGACGGAAGCAAUAAGGUCGAGAAUGGACUAUCGGAAGACCAACCUGUUCCUAACUUGCUUCGACCAUCAACAAAUGAUUUUGUGACAGUAGUAAAAGUGGACGAGCCAAAUUUAUCCCAGUGUCCCGGUUACGUAACGGUGCUUCAAGUAUCUGACGGGCUAAAAGAAGAUGGUACGGAAGAGAUAACUAUUUACCGUCUGCCAGGCGAAAGACUAGGAAUGGCUCUUAAAUUCGAGGGAGGAAUCAAUGCCGCCGAUAAUGUUUCUAGAGUAUUUAUUCAAUCUAUUAAUAUGGAUAGUCCAGCAGCUCGCGCGCAAUGUGUCUUAGGCCCUCUUCAAGAAGGGGACGAAAUUUUAAAGAUCGAUGGACGAGAAGUGUCAUCUAUGACGAGAAUGGAUUGUGUUUCCCUUCUUAGACACGCGCCUGUAUGUAUACGAAUGGUAGUCAGAAGGCAAACUCUUCCCGAAGAUUGUAUAAACGAGGAGGAACCACAAGAGGAAGAAGAAAUACCAAUAAUGUGUAAAAAGAAAAAAGGACCUCCACCACCUAUACCACCGCGUAAAUCUCCGUCUAGGAUAGAGCAAGAUAUCGAAACAAUAGCAACAGUUCGAGAAGUUGUUCAGAGAUUGGAAGAAAGAACGGCAAAUGCCGAACGCAAUUCAAUAAAAAGGCCUAUUCACCCACCUCCGUUACCUCCAAGAAGACCGAAAACUGCCGUUUUUGUCGAAGAUUUCGAAAACACAGUCAAACCCAAUUUCCCAGGAGCAUCUCUCAGUACAAAAUUACCUGGUUGGGAAGAGCUAUUAAUGAGAAGAGCUGGAAAAUUAGAUGAUGUACAGUGUCAUCUACCAGCCAAACCCGAUAUAUAUAUGGAUGUAAUAGCGGAAGAAGACGAAAAGCAAAUGAUAGAAUCCGAAUCCGACGAUACAGGCAGUUCGGUAUCGACAGUCAUAGAACGGUUUUCCCGAACCAGUACCGCAAAUUCCAGUUUUUCCGAACACACCCAUGCAAUAGACAGGACUACCUAUGACUUGAAUCAAGUAUUAAGUCCAUUCGAACAACUGGAAAGGGAACUUGACGGCGAAGUGUCUGCAGAUGAUUCACAACACAUCGAAUCCGAAAAUAUCACAAUCGAACCUCCAGAAUCGUUCCAAGAUUCGACCAGCAGCGAAAAUGUUAAUUCGGAAUCCGAACUUCAAGAAUGUACCGAAAACAUUCUAGAAAAUAGCAUCAGCAAUACAGAAAGUCCAGAAUAUUCUUCCGACGACUUAAACGGCGAUAUAUGCGAAACAGAACUUAGUCAAAAUACUUCGGCGUUCAACGAUAACAAAGAAAAUUUUCCAGAAGAAAGCAAUACCAAUAAACAAGUUAUACCUCCUCCAGUGCCUCCUAGAAGAACGAAGAUAGAAUGUUCUCCUCGAACAUAUACAGGUACAUCAAAGAUACCAAGGCCUACCCAUCGAAAGCCUUCGACCAGUCCUAAAUCUAGCCCAUCUCCAAGUAGUAAGAUUCCAAGUAAUCCUCUAUUGUGGAAGAGAAGAAAAAUCGAAUAUAAUUCAACGGUAACGAAAUCCGUCAAAACUAUCAAAAAAGACAAAUCUGUUAGCAUACAAGCGGUAUCAACUAGUCAAGGAUUCAGAGAAGAAACCAGAAGUGUUAAAUCAUCGAACAAAGAAGUCAGCGAAAGCAAAAAGUCUGCAUACAUAUCAACAACUGGAAUAAUUUGCCAAGCAACUGCCGAUGAGAAUAUUACAAUGGAAAGUGACUCUUCCUCUAUUAAUUGGGAAUCUGGAUGGCAAACUGAAGAGAGAAAAGUUAGUAAUAGUUCGACCGAUUCGGAAGCCGAACAGACUCAAAAAGAUUGUGAUACGAGGCUCAAAAUCGAAGACGACGAGGAAUGCCAAGAAGAGAAGUCAAACGGAUACAUUCUGGAUACUUCAGAUUCCAUUGUACAGCGGGAUGAUCUACAGGAAUGCGCCAUAGAGGAAGAUAACCUAAAAGAUUUAUUUAAUGUCGAAAAGGAUUCCACAACAGAAGAGAACAGCUCGGGUCUAGAUUCUUCUUCUUCAAUUUUAACAGAAGCGGAGAACGAAGAGAAGAGCAUGGAGGAAAUUCCACAAGGGAAAGACGAGAAGGAAAGUAAUUAUGGAAAUGAGCAAGAAAAGGGUGAGUUUACACGAUAAUUAUCUAAUUUUAUGCUAUUGUCUAAUGAUAGAAAGCUCAAAUCUCGUUUUAUCCAUUAAAUUUUAUUUUUAAAAUUAAUAAUAAAUUCAGAGGCAAGUCAUUUACUUUAUUCGUCAUUCCAUAAGGUCUGGAGUGUUUCCUUCUUAUCAUUCUGUAGUUUCUUUAAAAUGUAGAUUUAAUACUUUAAAUAUGGUAAGAAAAAUAUAAUAUAUAAUCUUCUAAACAAAAUGAAGAGCUAUUUUACAAAACAAAACCCAUUAUUCCAGUAAAUCAGGUAUAUCUGGUACUCAAUUUUAAAUUUUUUUUUCGUUCGAAGUCUGAAUAAUUGAUUAUAAACAGGAAUUUUCGAGAAGUAAAACAAUCUGUAGCUAUUCUAAACAUUAUCUGGAUCCACCCAUGGUCUCAAGGAUAGAAUUUUUACUGUGAUUAAUGAUGUAUAUUUAUACGCAAAUGCGCACGAAACGAAACGAGCGACCUACUAUACUAAUGAAACGAGUAUAAGAUUACGUAAAGAUAUUU